AUGUCAUCUGCCAGUGUUGCUGUGGAUAUGGAUAUUCCUUCUGGUCAUCAUGAUGAUAAUCAUAACUAUUCAAUUUCAAAUGAAAAACAUGAUGGCUUAACUUUGCCUCAUCAUCAUCAUCAUCACCAUGGGCAUGAUCAUGAACAUGAACAUCACCAUGGACAUGAUCAUGAACACCACCAUGACCAUGAUCAUGAUCAUGGACAUGGACACGGACAUGAUAAUCAUGCUCAUACUCAUGAUGAUGAUGAUAAUUUUGCUAACUUGACCGACCAUGAUAUCUCACAUUAUCAUUUUGAGAGCAAAGUGUCAGAACAGAGUAGACGAUCCGAAAAAGUUUUAUGGCUUGUCGCGCUGUUGUCCGCGAUUUUCAUCGCUGCCGAAUUCACAGGAGGAUUUUUCGCAGCUUCAUUGGCUAUUAUGACUGACGCUGGUCAUAUGUUAUCUGAUUUACUUUCUUUCAUUAUCUCGAUUGUUGCCAUACGAACAGCUAGACAUCCAGCUAAUAAGAAGUUAUCUUUCGGUUACGACCGUGCUGAGGUUUUGGGUGCUUUGAUCUCUAUAAUUAUACUUUGGGUGCUGACUGCUGUACUUGUACUCCUUGCUAUCCAAAGAAUUUGCAAUGGCACGUAUGACGUGGAUCCAAUGAUCAUGCUGAUUACGGCUUCUGCUGGUGUCGCUUUCAAUAUAAUUAUGGCCAUUGUACUUUAUGUUGGUAAAGCAGGACAUGCACAUAGUCACGGAGGAGGAAGUCAUGGUCAUUCUCACGGCAAUGGUGGUAAUGUAAAUGUACGUGCUGCUUUGAUUCAUGUCCUUGGUGACCUGAUCCAGUCUAUUGGUGUUCUCAUUUCAGCCAUUAUCAUAAAGUUCACCGGUUUCCAAAUAGCUGAUCCAAUAUGCACAUUCUUCUUCUCCAUCAUCGUCUUGUUUACAACAAUACACGUCAUUCGUGACAUCUUCUACGUGUUGAUGGAAGCAAGUCCUCGUCACAUGGACUACAACGUGAUAAAGCAAGACCUUAGCAGUAUCGACGGUGUACUUUCUGUCCACGAUUUACGUUUGUGGUCUUUGAACAUGGACAAGACAGCACUGUCUGUACAUUUGGCUAUAGAGAAUAGUGAAAAUGCUUUAUCGAUUGUAAACGGAGCCCGGGAUCUAGUCAGACGUAAGCAUGGUAUCUCAUUAUCGACUGUGCAAGUUGAAGAGUUUGAUAAGACCAUGAAUUCUUGUGAUAAAUGCAUCCAUUGA